AUGUCAGACUCGCAAACCCAGGACAUCUGUGCCCAGGACUCAGAAAAUGCUAAAGUCAAAUUACAAUCGCCCUCCUGGUUCAAGGACCUCCAACUACUACCCCCAGAGAAAAUCUACUCAUUAAACAGACAAUUUAAAGCGGACGAUUAUGAGCAUAAACUUGAUUUUGCAUUUCCAUGUUACCGUGAUGAAAACGGCAAGCCCUGGGUCUUUCCGGUAGUAAGACAAGCUGAAACAGUACUGGCAAAUGAUGGUUCUCUAAAUAAGAAACGUUUGGAACCUUUUGGGUAUAAAACGUUCAACAGUUAUGCUUUAACGUUGCUUUUGGGUGAAAACAGUUCAGCUAGAGUCAAAAACCAAGCAUUCACUAUCCAAACAAUAGGAUUAACAGGUACUAUUAGAACGGGAGCUGAAUUUUUAGUAAAAUGUCUCAAGAUGACCACCGUGUACGGCACAGAACAGAAUGUCGACCAAGUGGAUAAGACAUUUUUGGAAGCUGGCUUUCAAAAAUAUAAAACGUUGCGUUACUUUAACAACUACACGUUAUCCUUGGACGAACGAGGAUUGUUAGAAGAUUUGGCCAGAGCACCAUCACGUUCUGUGAUAUUUUUACAAGUGAGCGGACAUGAUCCUACAGGAAUCGAUCCAAGCCACGAACUUUGGGAAAAAAUAGCUAACAUAAUGAAAACCAAUGAAUUAUUUCCUUUUUUUUAUUCGGGUUUUCAAGGUUUCGCUACGGGCAAUUUGAAUGAAGACGCGGAACCAGUUAGAUUGUUCGAACGGCAAGGUUUGGAGUUUCUUUGUGUCCAAACUUUCGCUUGGAAUUUUGGUUUAUUCAAUGACCGCUGCGGAAGUCUUACCAUAGUCCUAAAUGACACAAACCAAAUCAAUCCAGUAAAAUCCCAUUUACGAGAUAUCAUAACCCGUUUGUAUUCGACGCCUCCUAGUCACGGUGCCAGAAUCGUAGCAUUCAUUCUAGGUGACAGAAUGCUAUCGGAAGAAUGGACCAAGACUAUAUCGGCAAUAGCUGAUAGAUUAAGAAAAAUGCGAUUGUAUUUGAGGGAGGAAUUACAAAGACUUCGUGCACCUGGAACGUGGAACCAUCUUACGAGACAAGUCGGAAUGUUUUCCUAUACAGGUCUUCGUCAAAUUCAAGUGCAACAUUUGAAAAAGCAACAUCACAUUUACUUACUGGAUGAUGGAAGAAUGAAUGUUAGCGGUCUAAAUUUGGAUAAUGUACAGUACAUUGCAAUGGCAAUCAAUCAAACUUUAACUAUCAUUCCUCCAAUGUUGUAA